AUGCCAAGGGGUGAGUAUAAAAAAUAUGGUUUUUUAUGCCAAUGGAGCCAUAACUCCGCUGCAAGGGAGGAAGCUGAAGCUCAACGUGCUGCUACUGCUGCUUUGGUGGCUGCACAAAACCAUGCUGAAGAAAAUGCUCGUCGUGUUCAGCGUGAGGAGCGUAAACAAGCUGCUGCUCAGACCAGGGGUCUGAACGAUUUCAAGCGUCAGGAUCCGCCGAAGUUCUCUGGGGGCUUCAAUCCGGAGGAAGCUGACUUAUGGCUCCAAGAGUUGGAGAAGAUCUUCACCUUUCUGCGUACCACUGCAGAGAUGAAAGUGGAUUAUGCGACCUACCUGCUGACUGGUGAAGCUGAGUAUUGGUGGCGCGGGGCUAGAGCUAUGAUGGAAGCCGACCAUCAAGCUAUCACUUGGGAGUGCUUCCGGGGAGCUUUCCUGGACAAGUACUUUCCUAAUAGUGCUAGAGCCGCUAAGGAAGCACAAUUUCUGAGACUCCGUCAAGGAGGCAUGACCGUAGCUGAGUAUGCUUCUAAGUUGGAAUCAUUGGCGAAACAUUUCCGCUACUUUCGAGGACAGAUAGAUGAAGGCUAUAUGUGCGAGCGCUUCAUUGAUGGGCUGAGUUAUGAGCUGCAGAGGGCGGUGCAACCGCUAGGACUGAAUCGCUACCAAGUGCUGGUAGAGAAGACCAAGGGGAUUGAGGCCAUUGAUAAUGCAAGGGGCAAAUUCCAAGGUCAGAACAAGCCUAAUCAGGGAAAUGGAGGUCCGGCUAGGACUAAUCAAGGAAGAAAUGACAAGGGUAGGCAUUACCAUAAGAAGCCGUAUGUUCGUCCUCAGGGUGAGGGGACAGCUUCUGGUUCUUUUUAUCCCACGGGUGGGAAUGCUAUUGCACCGAGACCUCUAGCAGUAAGUUUGGACGGUGUGACAUGCUUCAAGUGUAACCAAAAGGGACAUUAUGCCAGCCACUGUCCCGAGGGUCCUCUGAUGUGCUGGAACUGCAACAAGCCAGGCCAUCUCGCUAGGGAUUGCAGGAUUCCUAAGGUUGAGGAUGCUGCAAAUGUUGCUGGGGCUAGGAGGCCUAUUGCUGGUGGAAGGGUCUACUUCAUUAGUGGAACUGAAGUUGAUGAAGACGAGGGUCUAAUCCACGGUAACCGCGAGAUCCCGGGUAAUUCCCUUAUCGUACUAUUUAAAUUAUGGUGCUACACCUUCUGUUAUAGACUUAGCUUGUGCGACGUGGUUAAAACUAGAUGUGACAGAAUUACCAUUCGACCUGAUAGUAUCUACUCUUGUUUCAUAAGGAUGAAACAGUAGAAGGAAUAGAAGUUAAGAGACGGAUUCUGAUGAGAGGUCGUAUGAGUUCCAAGAGUAGGGUAGUAUCUUUUGCAAGGAGGAGUGUGAGAGAGCGAAAGGAUAAUAGAGGUCCAAACUUAUUAAAAGUGUAGUAGACCUUAAAGUCUGAGAAUUCUUGUCCUAAGUGGAUAAAACCUGGAGACUGUCAGACUUUGGAUAGUAAACUAAGGAUUUGAUUGACAUAGGAGUGACAAGGUUAAGGACGGAAAGUUCUAGCCUUGAGUUGCAGACUGGAGGUUGUUAUUGGUGAGAGAAUCACCAAGAACCUAAGGGCAAACGAGACCUAGAGGAUAACUUAGAAAAUGUUAUGUGAGGGAAUGACACUCCCCCUCUGACACCAAGUUUCGAGGACGAAACUUUCUUUUUGGGGGGUAGUAUUGUAAGACCCAAGUUUUUAAGUUUAGAAUAAAUUAGUGAAAUUUCCGAUUCACGAAUAAGUUCGAUGUAACGUGAAGUAAGGAAGCUGGAUAAACGUUUAUUAAAUGGAAUAAAUGUAUGGAUAAGAUAUUUCACGGGAAGGUUAAGGACAAGAGUCGAAUCGACGGAACUUAUGACGCAAGUAUUAUUCGUUUACGCCUAGGACAAAAACCCUAGGAAAAGACUAAGUUCCACCCUUGGAACACUAUAGGAAUAAAUUCCAAAAAUCUUCAGAGAAAUGUUAGAACUUCUCUUAAUCCUUAUAUAACAAGCGUUUCAAGGUGAAACCCUAGGAUCUACGAACGUCCGAUUCCAAUCAUCGGAAGUUUGCCGAAACUAAAACCCUGAUAGUUCAAGAACCCUAAAAUGAACUGUCGAGGAAGACUUUUUCUAUUCGGAGCUUCAGAUGAAGAUUCCACACGCGUAUGCCCACUCUAAUCAACGUUCCAAAUCUUUCUUCAGAAGGAAGUUUCUGCAUCCGAGGUCAAAAUCAUAAAGUGCAUAAAGUGCAUUUUAAGCCGGUAAACAUUAAAAAAACAAGCCUCGAAAACCAAAAAUCAUACUGAUAUUUCUUUGAAGAAUUAGAAGAUUCAGCGGGAAGAAUAUCGUGUCUAAAAUACGUUGGAAUCAGUAGGAAAAAUCGGAAUCGCGAAAUAAUCAUUUUCUCACGUUUUCAAUUUCCUAUAAAUAGGACUUCAAAAACUCAAAAAAAUCACACCAUCCUUUUCAUUUUCUUUGUUGGCCGUGGGUGAGCUUCUUGGAGGAAAAGGAGGAGAUUUGAUUUUUUCCAAUUCUUGACCGAUCGUCGUUCUGUUCGUUGCUACGCGUAGGCCUCGAGGCGAUGGAGAGCCUUCCGCUGAAGCUUAGCUGUUCAAGUUGGAGACCGUGACCGUGGGCGGUCGAGUAGAGGUGGAUGAAGCAGUUGCUUCUCCCUUUUUGGUGGACUAUGUCUGAGUUUCUUUUUCCUUCUGAAAACU